ACGUAUUGUUAAACUAAAAACAGAUAAUAAAAUACUAGAGAGUGCUAGUAUUAUUUAUAUAAUACUUUCCAAAUGUCUUUUUUUGUGGCAUAAAAUACCCUGUCCUCCUCCUCUCCCUUUCCCUCCAAACUAGCAAUGCCAAAUCUCAAGAUCUCACUCCCACUUCUCGUCCUUGUGGUCCUCCACAAUGCCGCACCCACACACUCAGCCACCGCCACCAGCUUCAUCGAGUCCUCCUGCAGAGUCACUCGCUACCCGGCUCUCUGCGUCCACUCCCUCUCAGCCUACGCCACUUCCAUCCGCCAGAGCAGCCGUCAGCUCACCCAAACCGCCCUCUCCGUCAGCCUCAACAAGUCCCGUCUCGCUGCAGCCUUCGUGUCCAACCUCGCUAAAGGCGGUGCAGUCAGAGGACUAGAGUACCAGGCCCUGAAAGACUGCAUUGAGAACAUGGGCGAUACCGUGGACCGCCUCAGACAGUCGGUGAAAGAGCUCAGGGACUUGCGUCGAACAGCUGGUGGGGACUUGUUGUGGCACUUGAGUAAUGUCCAGACUUGGGUCAGCGCCGCCCUGACUGAUGAAACCACUUGCCUUGAUGGGUUCGCCAGCCGCCGCUUGGAUGGCCAAGUUAAGGCAGUGAUUCGCCGGAAGAUUACACUUGUUGCUCAAGUCACUAGUAAUGCCCUCGCUCUUGUUAAUCACUUCGCCGACAAAAAGCACUAAUUUUGUAUUUGGAAUUCGGUGUGUGUUAGGCUUGUUUGUAUAUUAUCUGGGCUUGCUCUGAUGGUGAUUUUGCAAUGGAAAGCUUUAAGUUGUGUAAAAUUUUGUGUUUGUUUGUA